AUGAUGAUGAGAGAAGAUGAGGGAAUUGUUAUAUCAUCAUCAAAUAACAAGAGAUGUGAAGACUGUGGAAAUCAAGCAAAGAAAGAUUGUUUGUAUUUUAGAUGCAGAACUUGUUGUAAAACUCAAGGGUAUCAAUGUCAAACUCAUGUUAAGAGCACUUGGAUCCCCAUCUCUACGAGGCGUCCAAGGCAUCAUCAUCAGAUUUCAACUGUUCAACAACCAAACCCUAAAAGACAUAGAGAAAAUCACGCGCUAUUACAAACAGGUGGAGAAGAAGAAGAAGAACUUCCAUCAGAAGUAAGUUUACCGGCGAUUUUUCGUUGUGUUCGAGUAAGUUCAGUAGAUAAUGUGGUUGAUCAAUAUGCCUAUCAGACAUCAGUGAAGAUAGCAGGACAUGUUUUUAAAGGGAUAUUAUAUGAUCAAGGCAACAACAAUAUGCCUAACCAAACUUCCUCAAGAGGCUUUCACCACCAACAACAACUUGCAAAUUUCACACCACCAAUAUCUACUACUUACCCUACUUUCAUGCCUGGUAUGCAAUUAUUCCAAUACCCAAAGUCAUCUUAA